AUGGAUAUUGCACUGUGGCAAAGUGUGAUGCAAAACUUGAAUAUCUACUUCGGUGUAUUUACUCUUAUUUUGGGUUUAAUUGGUAACGUAUUGAAUAUAGCAAUCUUUACCAACGUCAAGACGUCAUUUACUAAAAGCUCCUGUUCUCUCUAUUUUAUUGGAAUAGCCGUAACAGAUUCAUUCUGUUUGAUGAUUGGUUUACUAUCAAAAAUCUUCACUAAUGGCUUUGGCAUAGAUCUAACAGUUAGAUCAAAUGUGCUUUGUAAGUUUCGUGCUUAUUUCGUUUAUUCGGCACCAUUAAUUUCAAUAAAUUUCACUUGUUCUGCUGCCAUAACUCAAUUUUUCAUUACCUCGCGCAAUACUAAUUAUCGUCAGAAAAUGACUUUGCGAUUCACUAAAUGGACUAUGUUUUUUACGACAAUUUUUUGGAUGUGUCAUGGUAUACCGUACACAAUUUUUUAUAAUAUUCGACAAUCAUUGCCUGCAAAUGCCACUGUUUGCAAUUCGAUCGAUCCUAUUUUCAAUCAAUAUAGUUCAUGGAUGGCAUACAAUAUAUCAAGUUGUAUAAUGCCUGUUUCCAUCUUAGUAGUCUUUGGUUAUUUGACACACAGAAAUAUAGCAUUAGUCAACGAAACAACAUUAGUCCAGCAAAAUGCUUUAAAACAACAGAUCCAACGACAAUUAACAAUAAUAAUUCGAGCCCAAAUCCUGUUGCUCAUUGUUACUAUGAGUCCCUCCGGAAUUUUUAGCCUUUAUACGACUUUUACUGCAUCUCAAGCAAAAAGCACAGAACUUAAAUCCGCUGAACAAUUGACGAGUAAUCUAUUCACAUGUAUAUUCUAUUUGUAUGCUUCUGGCAGUUUUUAUAUUUUCUUUUGCUUCUCCAAGCCGUUUCGCAAACAAAUGAGCGUUAUAUUGUGCAAUAUUAUACCCAAAAGACGCAAUCAAGUUUCAUCGCUUGGUGGAAAAAUUCAUGAGCCUCCUGUUCGAACGUAA